GCGGCCCUUGUUCAGUUGUGAGAUUGCUAGAAAAGUUAUAAUGAGACUCAAUUUUCUCUAACUUGUGGUUGUGAGAGAAAGUUGUGAAUUGGAGGAGAGAUGGGGGAAAGGUGGAGGUUGUCAAUCAUAUACCCCGGGCAAACGGUCUCUGCAGAAAGGACAGUCUGGCAAGAGCUCUGCAGAAGAUGAAGCACGUUUAUGGAGCUCUCUACGACUUUAUCCCAGCCACGUACCUCCUUCCCUGCGAGUACACAAAAUUAGUAGCAGAAUACACAAGACUCACCUACCAAGCCAAGAAUGCUACUACUACUACUACUGCUGCUACUACCACCACUACUACUACUACUACUACGGCCAACAGUGGUGGUGCUGGUGGUAGCGCUGGUAGUGGUGGUGGUAGUGGUAGUGGUGGUGGUUCUGCAGGCCUACCCUCCCCACCAGAGGCCCACCCCCCCACCCCUCACAAUAUUUGGAUUUGUAAGCCUAUUGGAAGCUCGCAAGGAAGAGGCAUAACAAUAUUCCAGGACCUGCAUGAACUGAGCUAUGCGUCAAGUGCCGUGGCCCAGCGGUACAUCGGAAACCCUCUGCUGGUGGGCGGCUACAAGUGUGAUAUAAGACUGUAUGUUCUGGUCACCUCCUUCCUGCCCCUCACUGUCUACAUGUACACUGAGGGCAUUGUCAGGUUUGGCACAGAAAAAUACAGCCUGACAGCUUUAGACAACCUCUACAGUCACCUCACAAACACAUCACUGAAUCGACUUGGCCCAGGCUACAGAAAGGAGAAGGACAGAGUCGGAGAGGGCUGCAAGUGGACCAUUGGUGAACUGCGGCGUCACUUGCGAGGGUGUGGCAAGAAUGACUGGUUACUGUGGCAGAGGGUGUGGGUGUUGGUGUGUCUGACCUUACUAACCCAAGUUGGCUCAGUACCACAUCACCAUAACUGCUUUGAACUGUAUGGCUUUGAUAUCCUGAUAGACGAAUUCCUCCGUCCGUGGCUUUUGGAGGUCAACCGGUCACCAUCCCUCACUCACGACUGCCAUGUGGACAGAAUGGUGAAGAAACCUUUGCUUCACCACCUCUUUGACUUAGUAGGUCCACCAAGAGUACCUGAACCACUAGCCAGGCCUUUACGAACCCCCUUUCUGCUUCUACUAGCCAAGAGACACACUCAGUCACCUUUCACAGCUGCCCUGCAUUUAAACCGCUAUAGAAAACUCAUACAUUGUGACAGGGAGGAGGGGAAGGGUCUAGCAGGCAGGGGGGGGCAUGUGGCUAAUAGUACUGCCAGGGGUUUGAGAGGAAAGGAAGAAAAAGGGAAGGGAACAGUGAACAGGGGUAGACGAUCAGGGAAUGGCUGUAUUUGCAAGAGCAUUUCAGGGGUUUCUAGACGUGAUGGGAGGGAUGUGGGUGAUGGGAAGUGGCCAGCUAGGUGUGGGGAGUGGGUCAGAGUGUACCCAUUCAAUGCCGCAACACUACACGCUGGCAGGGAUGCGGCAUAUUUGAAGUCUGGUGUCGCAGAGUUGACGAAGUUUAGAAAGGGGUGUGAGAAGGCUGCCAGAACGCAUACCUUGGCCACAGCUCCCUCACCCACACUGGAAAGGGCUGUGAGGGGCAGUCUGUGGAGGGAUACUGUGCUCUGGUGCCCCCCAUCAUAAAAAAAAAACGAAUUUGUGGCAGCCUACAGUCUGCGCCAUCUUGAAAAACGUGUCACGGAUUUUCUUGUUCUUGUUGUUCUUGUUCCUGUUUGUUGUUGUUGUUGUUGGUGUUAUUUCUUGAUAUUUGUAUUGUGUGGAAUUAAAGUGUUGUAUUGAC